AUGUCUUCUAAUAAGCAAGUAUUACAAGAAGUAUUAGAAAGUUGUAUUAUUGAGAAAAUAAUACGUGAAAUAAAUGAAGACGAUUCCACAGAUUUAGAUGAAGAUGACGAUGAUGAAAUUUUUAUUCUUAGCUUACUAGCUUUAAAUGAAGUUCGUUAUAUUGAACCGCGCGUAUAUAAUGUAUUUAAAUCACAAAUUAAUUUACUUAAAAAUCAUCCAAUUUUUGAGUCUGGUAGUAAUAAAUUACAAGCUCCUACAGAAUUUCAAUUGGCUGUAUUUUUGAGAAGAUUGGAAACUAAAGAAGAUAUAUUCGCAAUAUGUUCUUGUUACGGAAUAGCUGAGGGAACUGUAAUUUUGUAUUGUAAGCGUGUAAUGAAAGCAAUUAUUUUCAAUAAAGAAAAGUAUAUUAAGUGGCCAACAACAGAUCAAGCAAGAAACUUUGUAUAUGAGGGGUUUAAAGCAAUUGGUGGUAUUGAAGAAAUUAUUAGGGCAAUAGAUAACACCUAUUUUCUUUUUCAAAAUGCUUCACAAAAAGAUAAAGAAUUUUACUUUACAAGAAAAAAGAGAUAUGCUUUACAUUGUCAAGGAAUAGUCGAUUUUAAAGGUAUUUUCAUCAGUUAUGAUGUUGGUUGGCCUGGUAGUGUCCAUAAUGCAAAAGUAUAUUGUCAUUCUUCUUUUUAUUUAAAUAAAUCUUCUUUUAUUAUAAAUAAUGAUUUUUAA